AUGGCAAACCACAGUACUACAGGCUUCAUGGGCCGUAAAUCUAAACUCAGCUUCAUCGUCAUCGGGUCCUACGUGUUCGACUGGUUAAUACUCAUAGCCGUUGGCAUUAUCGGCGUCAUUCUGGGUAAUGUCACUCCGAAUAAGAGGCCAUUUAGCUUGCAGGACCCUAAUAUUUCCUUUCCCUUCACCGUCCAUGAGACCGUAAAUUCCAAACUCCUAUUAAUCUGCAACGCCGCUAUCCCCGUCGUCGUCGUCCUACUCGUCGUCUUCAUCUUCGUUCCCGGCCCCACCGUACCCAAGGGUACGCCCAAGUCCUUAAUAUGGAAGCGGAAACUGUGGGAGCUUCAUACGGGUUGGCUGGGCCUGGCCCUCUCUCUUAUAUCUGCUUGGAUCAUCACGCAGGGCAUGAAGAACCUCUUUGGCAAGCCGCGACCGGAUCUGCUAUCCCGAUGUCAACCUGAUCUCCAGAAUGUCGCUAAGUAUAUCAUCGGGUUCCACACCCCCGCGGACGACGGGUCGUUAGACGGCCCAUAUAAUGGUCAGCUUGUUAGUGCGGAUAUCUGCAAGAACCCGGACCGCGCCCUGCUCGACGACGGCUUCCGCAGCUAUCCUUCGGGCCACUCUAGCUCCGCAGCCGCGGGUUUGAUUUACCUCUCGUUUUUCUUAGCCAGCAAAUUCGCCAUCACGCUCCCUUUCGUGCCGCACGACGCGGCGACGGCCGACACGAGCACCGUCACCGCUUUCCCGUCUCGGCUACGUAACACGGACACGUCUUACGAAGCUGUGCGAAAUAACCAGGACCUCGACAGAUCAGCUUCGCCUGUGGAUCCGGCGACUGUCAAGCAGAUCGGGGCCCAUAACUCCGCUGUCCUCUCCACCCGAAGGCAAGCUGCCGCGCCGCCCCUAUACCUGCUCCUGGUGACCGUCCUCCCCUUCUUCACAUCCAUUUUCAUCGCCAGUUCCCGCUGGUUCGAUUUCCGCCACCACGGAUUCGACAUCCUCUUCGGCUUCAUCAUCGGAACCAUCUGCGCGUGGUUCGCGUUCCGAUACUACCACAUGCCAAUCCGAUCGGGAGCCGGAUGGGCGUGGGGACCUCGCAGCCACGACAAGGCGUUCUGGGCGGGCCUGGGAUCGUGGAGCUACGCGACGGACAAGAAGCACUGGGAGAGGCCCGGCGAAGGGAUCGAGAGGAUACCCGGCCACCACCCCGACGACAUCGAGAUGGGAAUGCGGUACCGACCGAAGGUGGACAAUUCGUCCCAUGCGAACACUUCGGAAAAUCCCGAUCUGGUGGGCGACCGAAUGUAA